AUGAAGCCUCUUUCAUCAAUCGCGUGCCUCCUAGGUACAGCAGCUGCCGCGGUCGACAUUCUGUUGCCACUUUAUAUCUACCCUAUCAACGAUCUCCAGAAGCCUUACGAUGGGACCGUGGACUGGCAAGCAGCUAUUGCUGCCAUCGACGCUCACCCGGAUUUGACAUUCAACGUCAUCAUCAAUCCCAAUAGCGGCCCUCCCUUUGCUUUUGAGGAUGGCAUCAAGAUUGACUGGGCCCGGUGGAUUGGCCAAAUUAACAACCGUCCCAACACUGUGACCUUGGGCUACAUCUCGACCCUCGGUACAGUACAAGCCCAGCCCCAGGACAUCGCCGUCGUCAAGCAAGGGGUCGACACCUACGCCGCGUGGGAUACUACCAACGGUUGGGACGGCAACUCUUGGGACAUUCACAUGGACGGUAUCUUCUUUGACGAGGUCAACACCGCUUCCGCCCAGCUUCAGUACUACACUGAUAUCACCAACUAUGCCAAGUCCGCUACCGGUGUGGUGGUUCUCAAUCCUGGUGUGGCCGUAAAUCCCGCCAGCUCCUCGCUAUAUACCGUGGCCGAUGCCAUCCUGUCGCUGGAGACGUGCUACACGGCCGACCCCGAUGCGCCACAGGAUCGGUGUCCGAGAAACACGUACACGCCGUUUACUCCCGCGUCGUUGAGCUCGCUGCCGACGGACGCUACAUAG